AUGCGUCGUCCGAGUGGCAUCGCCGCCGCAAAGAUUCUUCAGACGGUACGCGCCUGCCUCGGCCAGGGCAAGCGGCUCGACGACAUCCUCGACCGGAACGCUGCGGCGUGGGCGGUGCCGCUGAAGCCACCCGGCGGCGAGGCUGCUGUCGCGUCCGCCGGCUCCGCUGCCGACGGCGGCAAUGGCGGCGGCGGCAAGCGGCCGAUCGCGCGCCUGCUCUCGCAGCUGCUCACGCUCGACCACAUGCAGGAGGCGUGGGGCGUCUGGGAGUGGCUUCAGCGCCAUCCGGACCCGGCGUUACGCCCGAGCCGGUCCGAGUACCUGCUGAUGAUGCGUGGGCUCAACUGCCGGGUGAGCCCCGACUCCGCGGAGAGCACGCUCCAGCUCUUCGCGGCGGCGGAGCGCCGCUGGGGCGCGGACGCCGCCGGCUACGCCUUCCACCACCAGGCAAGGCGCGAGGCGGCGUGCGCACACGGCUCGCUCGGCCAGUUCCGCGAGGCGCUGCAGCAGCUCGAGACGAUCCGAGCGGACCUCGAGGCGGGUGGCGGGGGAGGCGGGGCGGCUGGCGGCGACGGAACGGAGCGCUGGUCUGCCGGCCGGCGGGGAUGGCCGGGGCUGGAGGAUGAGAUCGCCCACUACCGCGCCCUCAUCGCACUGUCGGGAGCUUGCGACGAGCACGACUACGAGGCGGGGACGGAGAGGAGGUCCGGCAAAGAUGAGAUGCGUACUUAA